AUGGCAGCCCUUAGUGGAGAUACGACCCUCGACCCGUAUUUAAUCGCUUUCCGUUCAUCACAUUGUUACCUAGAGAGCCACACCGAGGAUACGGGGUCGCAUCAACGAUACCAACAGACUUCAACAGCUGUUACGAAUCUCACUGUUGUCCAGGUAUCCCACCUGCGAAUUCAUUCUACUGGCUUGGCGGCGUUAACCAUGAUCUUUGAAUCCAAACUUCCUCUACCCUCCGUGCCCAAGACCGAUGUGUUCAACUACAUCUUUCACCAGGGCAGACGACCAUAUCCAUGGAGUCGAGUGCUCUACCGCGUCGACCAGACCGGUGAAACCCUGACGCUGGCAGAGCUCGAGGAGAAAAGCCGACGCUUAGCUGAUGCUCUUCGCUCGGAGUAUGAUAUCAUGCCCAAGGAUGUCGUCGGAAUUUUCGCCAAGGACAGGAUCCAAUAUCCAAUCGCCUAUUUUGGCGCUUUGGCUGCCGGAGCUACGGUGGCCCUCAUCCCUGUGCAGCAAGAGAUGUCCGAAACGGACAUUGCGACUCGACUAGUGCAGUCGCAAGUGAAGCUGCUUAUCACCGACAGCGACCUAUUGCUCCUGGCCGAGGUGUCGACGGACUUGGCAGGCGCUGUUCGCCUAAUCACGCUCGACGACAGCCCGAACCAAUUGUGGGCAUCUCUGGAGCGUCUUCUUGCACGCGGCCGCCCUGACGCUGACCUCUUCCGGCUAGAAUCGGAGGCCAGCGCCGAGGAGUAUGAUGCUUUUCUGAACCGCACGAGCGGAUCCACGGGGAACGUCAAGUCCGUACUAACCAGCCAUGCCCAUUUCAUUGCUACGAUGGAAGGUACCAUCGGCACGAUUCCGGACAAUACUGACCCGGAACAUGAUGUCUGGCUCUCGCCCCUGUCACUGGGAUUUUUCAUCAACGCCAAGCUCAACAUGGGCCUCAACAUCCUGCUGGGGAUCCCUGUGGUCCUCAUGAACUCCCGCCUGGCGCGGACUGACUUCCAAGCGUCCGGCGUCGACGUCAGUAGUGUCAAGUGGCUCCUCACGGCUGGCGCCCCCAUGCACGAAAACCUGCGGCAGACGGUUUCCAACCGAUUCGGGGGCGUUCACUUGGACCUCGAAUGGGGCACCUCCGAGACCAUGCUCAUUGCAAUCCAGCGCGACGCCGACUCCCGCCGCAGUGGGUACAGUGGCACACUCGUGAACGGAAUGCAGGCCAAAGUCAUCAGCACGAUCACCGGCCAGGAACUGGGUGUGGGCGAGGCUGGCGAGAUCCUGGUGCGCAAUCAGCUGUGUCGAUUCAAGGGCUACAAGGACAACGAGGUGGCCAAUCGCGACUUCGACUCCGAAGGCUGGUUCCACACGGGGGACUAUGGGCACCUCGACGAGAAUUGCAACGUCUUCAUCAUGGAUCGGAUCAAGGAGCUCCUGAAGGUCGGGGGCGGUUACGGGACGCACAUCUCCGCUGCGGAGCUGGAGACCGUGGUGUUUGAGCAUCCCGCUGUGGCAAGUGUCGUGGUCGUGGGCAUUCGCAAUGACUUCACCCAGCUGGAUGAGCCUACCGCGUUCGUGAUCCUCAAGCCCGAGUAUCAUCAGAAUCCCCAGCUCACCCACCAUUUGGAGCGGGACAUUCUACACUUCGCCAACCAAAAGCUCACCGGGCUUCGGAAGCUGACGGGCGGUGUCCGUUGCCUCUCUCACUUUCCCAUGACAGGCUUCAAGAUCAAUCGGAGGCAACUGAAGCAGAUGGGCCAUGCGGCAGGGCAGGAUGUGGCCAAUGGCCUGUUUCCUUCCUCUGUCCCAAAUUACGUGCAAUCGGUUUGA